AUGGCCAGACAAGCAGCCGAUAGAAGCGGCCGCUGGCGGCCCCAGAUCCAUUUCUCACCACCCUCCGAAUGGCUCAACGAUCCAAACGGCCUCUUUAUUGAUUCUGAAGGCGUGUGGCACAUGUAUUACCAAUAUGCCGAUAAUGUCGCCGGCGACGGUGUCAAGAAUUGGGGCCACACCUCGGCUACCAAUUUCUACGACUGGGUUGACCACCCUAUCGCCAUCCCGGCCACCGCACGCGACGGUUCCAUAUGGUCAGGAAGCGUCGUCGUCGACCGCAACAAUUCAUCGGGCUUCUUUCCUUCCAACAAGACCAGCGGGAAUGAUAACAUCAUUGCCUACUACACCUCGUGGGAGCCGGAUCAACAGUCCCAGCACGUGGCCUGGUCCUACGACGGCGGCCAAACGUUCAAUCAGUAUGCGGGUAACCCCAUCAUCUCGCUCAACAGGCACGGGUUCCGCGACCCCAAGGUCUCCUUCCACCACGAGACAAACACGUGGGUCAUGGUUUUGUCCCUUGAGAACGAGGUCGCCUUCUACACCUCCAAGGAUCUGGUCAAGUGGGAUCAGUCGUCCAUCUGGAACCCGCAACGCAACAUCGGCCUCAUCGAGUGCCCCCAGUUCCUGCAGAUCCCGCGGAAGGACAAGUCCGGCAGCGUCGUAGGCGCCAAGUGGGUUCUGACGCUCAGCUUGGGAGGAGGCGGCCCCGGCGGUAGCGCCGCCGUCAAGUACCUCACUGGCGAGUUUGACGGCACCGCCUUCACGCCCGACGCGCCCUCCGGCCGCGCCGCGGGGAGGGACAUCCACGCGCGCCAGGACACCUUCACCCUGUACGACUUCGACUUCGGCCCCGACAAGUACGCCACCGCCUUCUUCUACUCCCAGAAACUCAAUGACGCCGCCGAGGAUGCAUACUCCGUCACCUGGGCCGUUGACGCGAGCCAGUACGGCUGCUGCACGCCGACCGCCUCAGAGGGCUGGCGUCACUGCAUGGGCGGUGUGCGCCGCCACUGGCUCGACGCCAGCACCAACAGGCUCAUGUCGGCGCCGGCAGGCGACCUCUCCAAGCUCCAGACGACGAAGCCCGGCUGGAACCCCAUCGUCGAGGAGAAGGGCGUCCCGGGCCUCGAAGGCAGCAGCGCCGUCAUCCGGGACUACAACCCCGCCGUCGAGUGGACGCUGACCGUGCGCAUGGCCAAGUCCCUGCUGAAGGAGGGCUCGACCGCUUCAGCCCAGCUAGUGUUCAAGGCCUCCCAGUCUACGGGCAACGAGUCCGUCUCUCUCGGCCUCCAGUUCGUCGGCAGCUCUGGCAGCGGCGUCCCCUCGGCGAGCGUCAACAUCGGCCGCGUGAGCACGGCAUGGGACCGGACCGGCACAUUUGCCGUCUCCGGCGUCCAGGUCCUUGACGCCGCGUCGGAGGAGGGCGCCGACGCCAAGGUCGAGUUCACGCUGCACGGCAUCCUCGACCGCUCCCUCCUCGAGGUCUACGUCAACGGCGGCGUCGAGGCCGGCACCAUGCUCUACUUCACCGACAAACCUCUCGACAGCAUCGCUCUCACCCGCGGCUCCGGCCCCAGCGACCAGGGCAUCACCUUCGACUUCAAGGCUGUUGCGCUCAACAGCUCGUGGGGCACGUACGAGGAGAAGACCGUCUCCCAGCAGGACAAGUGGAUCACGGAGGAGCUGUAA